AUGCAUAGUGCCAACUGGAUAGAUGCUGCUAAGUUCUUAACAGGGGCAUCGGCUAUGGGGAGCUUAGCAAUUCCUAUGAUUCUUAGGCAUGCAGAUUUGAUUGGGACUAAAGCUAUGUUGAUUGAAUUUACUUCUUUCAUCAUAUUUGUCUGCACUGUUUUGUGUUUCCACCGUGCCAGCCUUGAAGAGGAGUGGUGAUGAAUAUCAAGCAUAUCCCAGUGAUACUUCUCUAAGUUGCAAGCUACUGAUCAUUGGACCGGCUUCUGACCAAUCAAGGAAAGUGGAAAAUUUACCCCCAACGUAAGCUGGAAAAACUUCUUUAAUGAAGAUUUCAGCAAAUGCCCGAGUCGUUAUAGCUUGAUAGCUUUGAUAAAUCAAGCCUGAAGAAACUCAUACCAAGUUGCAUGUGCAUAGUAUUAAAACCUGUGAGAACUUUUUUAGGGUGCUUAUUAGGACUGCACAGAAAUUGAACAAUCACAUUGUAAUCUAUGUAGCAUAUGAGACUCCAACUCCAUUGUGUAGGCAAGGGCAUCAGAAAUUGAUCUUUUUUGGGUUUGAAUGAAAUGACCUCCUGUA